AUGAGAGAGAGAAAGUCAGCAGAAGAGAAACAAAAAGAAAAGAAAUGCAUACAUCAAAUGGUUUCCCAUUCAACACUUUCCAAAUUACCAGUAGUACUACUACUAGGUCUUUUCUAGUUCCCAACAAGGGCCUCUUUCUUGGGUUUGGGUUUGGAAAUGGACACAAAACACUACUCUAUUUCAGCAAAACGACAUUUGGUUCUACAACAAAGGGAAGAAGAAUUAGAAGGAGAAGAAGAAGAAACAGUCUGACUAAAACGACAACAAGAUUGAGUGUUAGUGCUUCGCUUUUGGAGUCUCCUGUUUUAUGGGCAGGUCGUCUUUGCAUCUUCUAUGCCCUCUUAAAGUCCGGUCUUGCCGGAUCUCUCUCUAAUCCUCUUCUUUCAGAUUUGGAAGGAAAUGGUGGGGAUGGAGUUGGAGGUGAAUCUGGUGAUAUGGGCUUCUCCAAGUGGCUAAAUAGCAUUCAAGCCAAACCAGUCAAAGAAGCAGCUGAUAGAAGGAAAUUAGUGAGCAAAUGGCAUCCCACAACAAAAGGAACACUCAAAAGGAACUAUAGGGUGCCAUCUAAAUCAGAAGGAAGGCGACUUCUCAAAGCCAUUGCAUCCUUGUUGUCCGAUGACGAUCACUUUGUAGAUGCCACUUCCCACAAGGGUUGUCAAAUUAGAAGGGAAAGCGCUCACGGGGAAAGUGUGUGUUGUAACAAUGUGAGGGCAUUGUUUGAUGAGCUCCCAACUCCACACCUAAUCGUCGAAAUCACUCCUUUUCCGGCAGGGCCGCUUACGGAAAAGGAUUACACCAAAGCAGAGAAAUUAGAGAGGGUGCUCAGAACUGGCCCUUCUGUGUGAUCCAUCUUUAGAAAUGUAUGUUUCACACUUAAGCUUUGUACGUAUGCCUCACUUGUACAUAAUGACAUUAUUGGCAUGCCUAAUGACAUACUUUUGUCAGAUUUCUUGUUUCAAUUAUUAGUAGAAAUUCAGAUAGACCUGUCUUAAGACGUUUAUCAAGGUGCCGAUAUUGGAAAACAAUUUGAAAUAUUUUGUCUGCGAAAAAA